UUUGUAUCUUCUUUGACUUGGAGAAAAAAAUUAGUGAGAAAUUAUUCUCUGGUUUUGGAAAUGGGGCUAGUGAAGAAUAUUUUUGGGAAAUAGUUGGAGAUUCUGCAAAUAAUUUACUUGUUUUUGCAGAAACAGUGAGUUCCAUUAAUCAGUCCCCAGAGAGAAUGGGAACAAUUUUAGACCUAUACGAUACACUGUUGUUUCUUUUACAAUACAUUGAUACCCUGUUUGACUUCGAUGCAGCAGAGGCUAUUCGAAAAGCCAUGAAGGUGACAGUGCCUCAACUCGAGAGUGAUAUAAGAAGGAUGUUAUUGGAUUUUGAGAAUUUCGCGAGCUUUCGACUAUACAAGAUGAGAGGGGUGCCACUCAUCCAUUGACAAAACGCGUGAUGAAUUAUAUCUCUCUCGUUUUAUGCAAUAAAAAGCUCCUCACAGAUUUGAUCAUAUCAAUGCCACCAUUAAAAUUUGGGGAUCAACUGAUUCUUGAAGGAGAAUUGAGGGAUCUCAAAGGCAGAAGUCAUUUGUCUCUUCAUUUGAUUUUGAUCAUUGCGGUUUUACAACUGAAUUUGAAGGGGAAAUCAGAGCAGCUCAGUCAUGUUCCUUUAAGGCAUUUGUUCAUGAUGAACAAUGUUCAUUACAUUGUAGAAAAGAAUGAAGAAUCCAAGGAGCUGCGAGAGAUUAUUGGCGAUGAUUAUAUGGAGAAACUGAUUAGGAAUGUUAAGCAAGCAAUGACUAGCUAUCAGGUGUCAAAACGUGCAUUGAGGAAAAGAUUGAAGGCCUUUAAUUCAGUGUUUGAAGAGAUUCAGACACUUCACACAAACUGGAUAGUACGCGAUUCAGAGCUCCUGAAUGAACUUCGUGCGUCCAUGGUUGACAAGUUGAUUCCAGCAUACAAGAAAUUCCAUGUUGAGGUUGAGAGAAACAGGGAAAUACACAAGAAAUACUUUCAGAAAAUAAAUAUAAAGCACUCAUUCGAAGAUCUCGAGGCCUUGGUCUCAAAGAAUCUGUUUUCAAAUUAUGAAAUUAUUGUUUAAGAGAAGGUAUUGGCAAGCUUGAAGUCCUAGAUUUCCUCUGUUGUUGAGUGUGGGUGUAGCAACCUAUUCCUACGGGACAGGAUGAUCGUCUAGACUUGAAUUUCAAAUAGAUCGUAUAAAUGAAUAUUGUUGUUA